UGUUCUAUCGGGUUUAUAUAUUGUUUGGUUAUAAAACCUGAAAUUUAGAACGUUAAGUUAUUUUCUCGUAAGCCUAAGUUAUAAUUAAUGAUUUAUAAAAAUGGAUAUUGCAGAUAACAAACAGCUUGUAAAACAAGGUGCUGAAGCUAAAAUUUUCAAAGGUUCUUUUCUCAGAAAACCGGCUAUGUUUAAAGAGAGGUUUAGGAAAACUUACCGUCACCCAAUCUUAGAUGAAAGUAUCACAAAAGAAAGGAUGAAAGCAGAAGCACGUUCGCUUGUUAGAUGUCGUAUGCUAGGUAUUCAUACUCCAGCAGUUUACAGUAUUGACUUCAGUACCCGUGUUAUCAUCAUGGAAGAUGUUUCAGAAGAUACUCAGACAAUGAGAAUGUACAUAGACAAUGUACAAAACUCUAACAAGAAUGAUGUAUUAAAAGAAUUAAAACCUUUGAUGGAGAGAGUAGGUCAAAUAAUUGCAACUCUGCACAAAAACAGCAUUGUUCAUGGUGAUCUAACUACAUCAAAUAUGCUUGUAAAACUCGGUAGAGACCGGUCAACACCAGAAGUCAUCAUCAUCGAUUUUGGUCUCAGCUAUGUGGAUGGAAGUGCUGAAGAUAAAGGCGUGGAUCUCUAUGUAUUAGAACGAGCUUUUCUUAGUACUCAUCCUAACACAGAAGAACUUUUCAAAACUCUUUUACAAAGUUACAGGAGAAACUAUGGGAAAGGAUCAUCUGAAGUGUUAAAUAAACUGGAAGAAGUGAGAAUGAGGGGAAGAAAAAGAACAAUGGUUGGAUAAAAGAAUACCUUAGUGUAUUCUAAGUUUAUGUUCAUUUCUAUGUAUUGUGUCUGUGAAUGAAUGCUUAUGCAUUGUUCCUUCUUCAAAAGUAAUAAAAACCAUAUCAAAAUCUGG